AAAAAAAAAAUCUCCUGCCACCAAAACCAAAUACCCCAUUAGUUUCGGUGACAUCAGCCAAUUAGAAAACGAGGCUCCCGUGGGUGCAUGGUCGAUCAUUCAACCCUCGAGUCGGUGCUCUGACCGUACCACCACAAUCCGCAAACAAAUUGGAGGCCCCACCCAUGCAUGUCGACUGCAUCCGCCAAAACCAAGUCAGAAACAUCGGCUGGUGCGAGGACCGGAUUUGCCGCUGUUUUGGUCGUAAACCUCUUCCAAUCUCUGACACCAACUCCACCCUUCUUUCCUUCUUUCUUUCUUUCAUCCCCCAACCCAAAUGUGAAACGCUAGACCGGAAGAAUGGUGGAUAAAAUGGGAGACCGAAAGGAGGAGCGAUGGGACCCAUACCUCGACAUCUUUUGAAACCAGCACCAGCUUCCCCUCCCGUUCAAAUACAGAGCCCGCCCCAACGCAUUCACCUUCUUUUAGCCUUUCCACCAACUCGCAUGCCACCCUCUCUAAUGCUCCCUUGGCUUCCCUCCUCUGCCGGUUCAAAUUCUCACUCUCUGGCAGUCAUCAAGCGACGUUAAAUUCCACGCUCCCAUCAUUAUUCCUGUUCCCCUCCUUCAAUUUCCUCUCCUCAUGAAGCUCUCUUCCCCCUCUUUCGACUCUCGCUCGAAUGCUGCUGCAGAAGGCUGUCUGUCGGGAAUUCUGCACCGCUUUCUUUGCGGGAGUCUCCGCAGUUACGGAGAUGGAGAGGAGGCCGAUGAGGUUGAUGCUGCUCUUGGCCAGGAGUGGAGGAAGGCUGAGAAGAAGGCAACGCGCACUCCUGGCAUUGUGGCGCGCCUCAUGGGGCUAGAGUCUAUGCCCGUGUGCCCGUGUGCUGCUUCCGAGUCGAUCGGGAGAAGCCGGUCCACGAACUCGCUCGAGACAUGGCCUGGGUUUCUCUCCGAGAGAAGCCGAUGUCCCCCGGUCAGGACAUCACUGUCUUUCCGAGAAGUACCGACGUACUUGAGGCAGGAGAAUGAGGACUUCCUGCUUCUGAGCUUCGCGCCCGAUGAUGAGGGAGAGACGAUGGGAUCGAGUGGAAUGAGACAUGGGACGCGCUUUCGAGAGAUGAAGGAGAGGAAGAGAGAAAUCACGUGUGUUGAAGAAAAGAAGAAGAAAAAGAAGAGAGACGAGCAUCAGCACCGUCGCAAGAAGAAUGUGCCUCGGAGAAGGCAUGAUGAAGUUGAGGACUCCGCAGUCCAUUCUCCAAAGAAGAAUGCUCGUAGGAAAGGCUGUCGAGGUACCAAAGCAGAGGAUUUGAUCAAGCCCACAAAGCACGCAGAAAUGCCAAAAAUGUUGCGCAGCUCCAGCAUUGCAAAAAAGAAGCUAGAAAAUGCUCGAGAGAAAGUGGAAUCGGAAUGCAGCUCCCAAAAUUCCAGCCCCGUUUCGGUUUUGGAUCUCGCAUGCGCCGAUGAUGACUGCCGCAUCAAUAACAAUUCCCCAUCUUCAGAAGAAGAGAAGCAAACAGCAGAGCAGAGUUCGAGAAGGAAGCUAUCAUCAAACUUUGAGGAUGUCAGCUGCUGCUUAUCUCCAAGCAUUGGCCUUGUUAGAUUCUCCAAGGAUGGAGGAGUGAGGUCACUUGAUAAGGAAAGCAAGAGAUCAAGGAAGCCAGAAGCACCCUGUCCAGAUUUUUCGGACGUUUGGGGAAACAUGCGCAGGCUAGGAGAGGAGGAUCUGAAGAAUUCUCCAUGGAUUUCGAAAGAAAUGUGGAGUUCAGAAGGUGUUGGGGAUAUUGCAGCUGAUCUUGGGCUAGAGAUAUUUGAUCUGCUUCUCUGUGAGGUGGUAUGUGAAUUUCUUAACUGCAUUGCAUUGUGAAAUUGUACAUGAAACUUGAAACUUCCUGUUCCCCUGCAAAUUUCUCCAAUGAAUAUGUGAACUAAUGCAGAAAAGUUCAUAGUUAAAGUCACCAUCUCCAGUCAUCAUUUAUUAGUCAAAAAAUGGACUGAGUUUUUUUUUUUUUUUCGAAUACGAAGGAUACUUUAUAAACCUGAAUUGCAAGACAAAAUGGAUAGAGCAGGUCAAAGAAUCAAAAUAAAAAAUAAGAAAUCUUGCUAGAUAGCAGGUAACUUUAAUUCCCAUCAUUGGACUAUAUCUGUUCUCAGUCAACAUUAUAGUCCAGAAUGUUUCAUGGAUGUCGCUGGCAGCUGAAAGUCUAUCUCCUUGCAGAAUUCGCAAACUAGGAUAUCAAUUAAGACCGAAGAAAGGGAAUUUUAAUAAUGAGGGAAAAAGAAAAGAUGGCAAGAAAAUAGUACUAAGUCAAAAUAUCAAUUGGUUGAUGAAAAUUAAAAUUUUUGCCAGAUUGCAGCAACCGAUAAAAUCUGCAACAUGACUCGAUUCAUUGCAACCUGAUGAAAAAAUAUAAAGCUAGAUGCAGGCGAGAUAGAAGCUGGCAGUUCGCAAUAUAACUUAUGGAAAACAUAUAAAAAUAGAUGCAGGCUAAAUGGAAGUUGACAUUUGGCAAUAUAACUGAUGAAAAUACAUAGAACUAGAUGCAGGCUAAAUAGAAGUUAUGUAGAAGACUUUAGAAUGGUUCAACAAGAUGAAGCCAAAUAACUUGCUCAACAAAAACGAGAUCUUUUGAUGUCGCAUCCUAUCGACGAAGAUGGAUUUUCUUCCAUGCUUACCAGUCAGCAGGGUCUUGAAAGAGGAAGGAAAUCCCAAUAUUAUAAAAGAAAAGCAAAGGUGCUAAAUUUCUUUGCCAUGACAGGGAUUGUUUGAAGUAUGGGAUUGAUGACAAUGCAUAGUCUAUAAUUUUGCAAGUCGGUGGUGAUUUAAGAAAUGAUCUGUAUCAUAAUCGAGGUCGUAAGAGCCGUGACAAAGUGGCUUGAGAAUUCUUACAAGUUACGAGGGGUUUGAAUGCAUCCAACUCGAUUUAGCAAGCGAUGUAUUUGAAUGUAUUAGUAAGCCAUACAUAGGAUUAAGAUACUGUGGACUUUCACCCAAAAUGAUGCUUGCAUCUGAAACAAGCAAUAAGAUGACUCAGUCCCAGAUGAUUUCUAUACUCUGUGUAACAUUUAACGGCAUUGCCUAUUUUCACCUAACACGUUACCUUUGAGGGACUGGAGUCCGAGUAAUUUCAGGCAACAAAGCGUAUGAAGAAUAAGACAAAGCAGAAAGGAGACCGUAGACAAAGUAUGGAACAACAAAAGAUCAUGAUUUGUGAUCAGGGACCAACUUUUUUUUGGAAGAAGCAAUUUCCAAUCUCCACAUAAAUAAAGGAGCUCUCCAAUAGACAAGGAAUAUAUUUCCAAUCUAGCAACAAAAGGAAAUUGCAGUAGGAGGACACGAAAAGAAGUGGAGGAUAGCAUCAUUCGGUUCGCGCAUGGGAGAAAUAAUGUAGCUACAGUCAGCCAAAACCACAUUACCUUGCAGCAAGUAUAGAACCAGUCCAUCUACAGGCUAAAAAAAAAGCCAGCAGGUACAUAUUCUCUGAUAUCUUCCACAAAUAUAAGAUGACAAACGGAAUCCGCUGAAAUAAAUAUGAUUCCCAAAUCAUUGUUCCAUGAAGAAAGGGCAAAUGGCAAACAAUGUAUACGCUGAAACAAAGUAUCAACAUUGCAAGAGUAUAAGCUGCUCGAUAUAUCUAUACACAUACAAACCCUUGCCCAAAGAAAGGCCGCUCAGCCAAACAAAUAAAUACAGGACGCAGGGGGUUAACAUGAUUCGAUGGUCCAUUAGCAGAAGCCUUUACCAAAACAAAAAAAAAAAAAA